AUACUUGCGUCUAAACGCAGCGUCAACCGUGGAUACCUGCAUUCGAAUUUUUUAGAUGCCAUAGAAUUCGGUGGUGCGGCUAAUCUGCCAUUGGAGGUUUUGAAUAAUUAUUUGAAGCUUUACUUCCGGAUCGUAGAGAUGAGUUGUAGCGAAGUGGUGCAUCAAGGUGAACAUCUUGAUAUGGAGACUUCAGGAUCCUAG